UUACUGCCCCGCGGUUGCAAUUUGAAGACUCAGAGGGGCGGGACUCCUCGGAAACCGGAAGUAGCUCAUCUCCAGCGUUCGGAAUAAUUCCGAUGACUGUCCACAACCUAUACCUAUUUGACCGGAAUGGAGUGUGUCUACACUACAGCGAAUGGCACCGCAAGAAGCAAGCAGGGAUCCCCAAGGAGGAGGAGUUCAAGCUGAUGUACGGGAUGCUCUUCUCUAUCCGCUCGUUUGUCAGCAAGAUGUCCCCGCUAGACAUGAAGGACGGCUUCUUGGCCUUCCAAACUAGCCGUUACAAACUCCACUACUACGAGACACCCACUGGGAUCAAGGUUGUCAUGAAUACUGACUUGGGCGUGGGACCCAUCCGAGAUGUGCUCCACCACAUCUACAGUGCGCUGUACGUGGAACUGGUGGUGAAGAAUCCACUGUGCCCUCUGGGCCAAACUGUGCAAAGCGAGCUCUUCCGCUCCCGGCUAGACUCCUAUGUCCGCUCUCUGUCCUUCUUCUCUGCCCGAGCUGGCUGAAGAAUACUACCUCAUCCGUCAGAAGAAUUUGUGACUGCCUGGGGCCCUCCCUAACUUGCCCCCUCUGAGGAUACUAUAAGCCCCUCAACCAAACCCUCUCCUAGGGCAGCAGCCUAAAGCCUCCUCCUCCACCCCACCCCGGGAAUCCCUACAUUCCCAAAGCAGACCCGGUUUUAUCCCCCAGUUGACGCUUCAAGCAGCAGAAUACAGAAUAAACUUUUGUCAUCCUCA